GCAUACAAGAGGGUUCAGUCUAGGCUGACGCCUGCCUGACCAAAACGUCACUUAUCUGAAGAGACAGCCGUUCUCUUAGCUAGCUAAGUAGCUAGUUUUUUUCGUCGAAACAUUAUAUUCUCAUAGCUGUAGCUGUGUAUCUAGCUAGCCGAGUCCGCGAAUUAAUUCCAGAAGAUGGCUGAUGACUUCGGGUUUUUCUCUUCGUCCGACAACGGAGCUCCUCCGGGUGAAGACGACCCAGCCGCGGCGUUUUUAGCCCAGCAAGAAAGCGAGAUCGCCGGGAUUGAAAACGAUGAAGGGUUCGGAGCAUUGGAAGGGGCCGGGCAGCCUCAAGAAAAUCAUUCGCCGCCUCAGUCUAAUUAUGAUGCAUUUGGGGGAGAGCCAGCCACUGUAAAUGGAGACCUGUUUCAGGUAGAGACAAGCAGGGAAAGUGAAGAGCACGGACUGGCAGACACCCCUACUCUCUCUCUGGCAACCCUGAUUGACUCCUCCCCCGGGGGGGAACCAAUCAGCAAUGAGGCCUACACAGAGCAGGCCCCCCCAAGCCCCCUGGAAUUGCAGGAGUCCAACGGCCCCACGGACGCAUACGCGUCCAUCGCCCGUGCCGACCAGCUGAGGCAGGAGCCCGAGAGCCUGAGGAAAUGGCGGGAGGAGCAGAAAGCGCGACUGGAGGAGCUAGACUCCGCCUCCAAGGCUGCGGAGGCAGAGUGGAGAGAGAGGGCCAAGAAGGAGCUGGAGGACUGGCAUGUGCACCAGAACGAGCAGAUGGAGAAGAACAAAGCCAACAACAGGAUUGCUGAUAAGGCUUUCUACGAGCAGCCCAACGCUGAUGCGAUAGGCUACGUGGCAUCAGAAGAGGCCUUCCUCAAAGAGUGCGACGAGGACGCCCCGGGGUCCGAGUGGGAGAGGGUGGCACGGCUCUGCGACUUCAACCCCAAAACCAGCAAGCAGUCCAAAGAUGUGUCCCGUAUGCGCUCCGUGCUCAUAUCUCUCAAACAGACGCCCCUGGUCCGAUAGACCUCCCUAGCACAUGUGCCCAUGCACACACCCUAUUUCCUCCAAUCACGCUCUGUUAAACUUGUGUAGCACUAUAGCUAGACUGCUUUGUCUUGGACAAAGGAAAGUAAUUUUUUUUUCUUUCCAAGCACCUUAUUUGUGUUUUGUUACUUUUCUCUCAAAGAUGCAGAAUUCACCCACACCCACAUCUUUGUCUGGCAAACACACAUGCAACUCCACCAAAACCCCGGCUUUUGAAAAUUACUGUUUGUGAGAAUUACUGUUUGUCCUAACUGAUCAUUGUUUCAAGAGCAGUUUAUUAUACCAGUGAGCUGCACACCAAUACAGCAUUAAGGGCAGUUUACAUCAACCUACCUAAUGGAAUCCUAACCUUCUGCCAGUUCAAAUGAUCAUUAUUGGUAUGUUUCAGGACUGACAGUUUACAUUUACCUGUAAUUACCCAACAGGCCCUCCCACCAAGUUUGUCUGAGACAGAACAAACACACCAGAGCAGUACAGUUCAUUUUUACAUGUUGAACAUGGUUGCUUACGUUCAUCGUUGAAUAGCAAAGAUACAGAAUUACCGUUAAGUCAUCAAUCUCUUUUACAGUUCUGUUUGGAAAUGUUUUUUAUAAUGUCAUGUAAAACUGGGGCCUCUUGAGGAGGUCCACCAUUGACAUCACUUGUCUAUUCGGACUAACAUUGUUGCCUAAAAUUGUUUUCACACUGGAAAUUCAGUUGAGUCUGCCAUUUUUACUCUAAGAAAAAAGAUUUAAUUAGCAUGCUUUUUGUAAUGGCUGACUAAUAUCCCCCUUCCCUCACUCUAGAAAUGCCUGACAUUGACAUAGGGGUGACGAGCUGCAUCUUUGAAUUGUUUCCUAGUGAUGAGGAAAGUGAAGCUUUAGUGAGCCCCCAUGGUGCUUCCAUUCAUUGACUCACUGAUUUAAUCCAGUCAUGGAGUUUUGCUGUGGAAAGCAAAGUCAGACGAUUGGCUCAUAAAAGUCAGUGAUUGACAGCACGUGAUGCACCCAUUAUGGGUUUCGUGAAGCAUCACUCUCCCAUCACAAGCAAUCCCCUGUGGGCACCUUUAUAUACGGAUUCUGUUUCUGUUUUUAUCACAGUGAUUUGUGCCAUAAGCUGCUGUUAAGACUCCAUGAUAACAAACGGGGUCUGUGCUUUAUCUCUGUAGGUCAGUUGGAGGGUUUUUUACGUCUUGUUACACAUUUGGUGCAUUAUUGGCCAGUUCACAACCUGAAAGAAAAACAGCGUUAUCUCAGAGGUCUCUAAUUACCUAACAAAAAAAAAAAGAAACUGUCCACAGUUCGCCUUUGAAUUAACAUAUCAAAAAUAAAUUAUGGGGGGGAUAAAAAAAAAAAUAUGAUGCUUCUUGAAUCCCGGGAUACGUGCUGGUUGGCCUGCGUAUUUCCGUGCCUGCUGCCUGAAUGUCAUAGCCCACUGUCCUUCCCCGUCAUGAGAAUGUCCCAGCAUGCAUCACAGAACUGAAAGAUAUACCUCAGCUCCACAUAAAGUUUUGACACCUGUUAAGGUUUUGAAGAACAGUUUCCCUUCACCGUCCCUGAGGAACGUAAACACCAGGUCCUUAUACGAUCUGUCGGGAAGAGUUGAAGGUUAAGGGAUGACGUGCUCCUUGCCAUUCCUGCUGGAUCAACUGUUUUAGACUAGAAAUCAUGGACCAAGGGGCUUCAUACAGUAAAUCUGCUUUGGGUUAUGAUGUUUCUUGAUUCUCUAUUCGUAUACCUCAAAAAACAUUCUCAGAUCUACAAGAGAACACUGCACAGUGUUGCAGAUGGUUUUAUUGUCAGUAUAACACAUGGACUGCAAUGUGUUAGAAGCCUAACUAAUCAUAUGAUAAAUCCGUCCAUUGACCUGGCUCAGAAAUGUGUGACUGCCAACAGUGUAGCACACUGUUCAUUCAGCUUGCAGUUUGCAGUCCUUUUCACCAAGGUAUUGUGGGCCAUAAGUUGUGACUUGCAUAUUAUUAUUAUUUUUUCAGACAACAUGGCACUACAUUUGUUUGCAUGUCGAGGGUAUUCUUUACAAAUUGUAGUGCCCCAUCGGUUUCAUCUUUUUACACAAAAAGGGCCUCCAUAUUUUUUUCUUUUUGAUGGCAAGGAAAAUCAGAGAAACUCUGAACCCAGAAAACAAUCGUAAUGAGGUCUUUUUUUUUGUCUUUCAAGGGUACGCGCAGUACAUCGUACCUCUCUACUGUACAGUGAAGCUAGUGCACUAUGAAUGCAGAUAAUGGUAGUCAGCAUAGUACCUAUCUAAUAUUAAAUUAAUUGAAAACUUUCCUGGGGUAGUUUUUGCUACUGUAGGGUUGUUAUGAUAGAAUGUUGAACCUUUGAGGUACUGAAGUUUUUUUUUUUUUAAUGUGCCAAUGUGUGGGUUUGUGUGGCCUUUCUGAGAACCUUGCUCCUGUACUGCCAUAAUGUUAGUGCCUCUUCAGUCCUUCAGAAUGCAUUUACCCUCCUGGGCUGACCCGAUGUUUUCUGUAGGAAUUUGGCAAAAAAAAUUGUGUUGACGGCCAGGAAAUCCAGCAAUCAGGUUUGUGCUCAAGUCUACUGCUCUUGGCAGAGUUCUCCAUUUAGUUAUUACUUGAAACGCCCAUGUGACUGGAAAACGGCCUUUUAAACAGAUGCUAAAGCUACACUGUUGCGUUUUAGUUUCUGUUGAAAUAGCAACCAAUUUAUGUCUGUGUACCAAUUGGAAAAAGAUCUUGUCCAACUAGUGACAAGACCUGAGGCAAACAAGUAAAUUGGAGAAAAAACAAAACAGAAGGCCUUGUAGACUUAAGACUGGAGUUGCCUGUCCCUGCCUUGAACCCUGGACCCUAGGAAUAAGUACUGAAGCACUCCAGGAAAGACUACCUGAACCUGAUGGAUUUCGCAUCCCCCGAGAGGGGAUUGGUUUUGCAGGUGGCACUCGAUCCUGCCUCACCGUAUCCUGGCCCCAGCCCAUUUUAAUGUUUCGGAGACAAGGGUUUUAUAUGCACUGUGUAUAACCAAGGCAACCUUUUAAAAAGAGAAGUCUCUCUCUGCAUUGCUGUCCUGUGUUCCUGUUGUCGCAUACCUCUGUAAUGUGCAUGAGUAUAUGUGGCGUAGUUUGAAAUAAUGCAUUGGCUUUAGAUGAGAAAACGUUACUUGGUAAGCUGUUACAUCAUCUACUGUAUGAGAGAAAAAAA